AGCACUGGUAGCCUUUGACCCCGAGGGGUGCUAUCUGCGUGCAUCUCCGUCAAUGUCGACGACGACAGAGCAGGCAGGGCAGGACUUCCUGGCAGUGGCAUGCGUUGUCGAUACGUCCAUUGCCGUUGCUUCCGAGUGGCCACGCAUCCUCACCGAAUACAUAUCCCCCCUCCUCAGGCGCCUGAAUGAGCUCCAUCCUGCCCACCAGUUUCGUCUGGCGUUCAUCACCUAUGGUGCUGCUGAUACGCGGCCAUCUCCUCUGGUAUCGAACAUGUUCUUCUCCCCUCUCUCCCUUGCCACCAAGGAACUUCGUGAGGAACCUUCGAAGCUCGGUAUCGGGCAGACAUCGUGCAGGGGAACCCGCGGCUUGUCUGCUCUGGAAGGACUUGUAGCAGCCAUCGAGCAUUUCGAUACUUUAAUGAUGUAUGGCAUCCCCAUCAACCCGUCGUCCCCUCAGAAGGAAAACAGAACCUUCGUGUCCCAUCUCAUUCACAUUGCGGCUUGCCCACCAGACAAUACUCAAAGGCCCCAAUGCAACACACUGCAACACCUGGACUCUGUUACAUGGGAUACUCUUGCCACAGAACUAAGGAAGAGGAAAAUACACCUGAGUUUAAUUAGCCUGCGCAAGGUUCAGCAGUUUCAAGAACUACAGUCGGCUGUGGCUGGUAACGGGAUUCAAUCCGCGUGGUUUAACGUUCAACCAUCCCAUGUUAUAGCCUUAUCAGGGUUUCCGGCUCCGUUGAAGGCCGUUAUGAAACGGCCAACCGAAUCCUCACAGUCCGAUCGCAACCCAGAGGCAAAGCGGCAAAGGGUGACCAGUGGCGAUCCGUCCCAGAAAUCAUUAUCCGGAUCCCCAGCCUUGUCAGCUGCGCCGAAACCUACGCGUCCUCCAUCUGCUCAACCUCCCCAUCCUCAAGUUCCAUCGAUCACUUCACCGUCUCAAUCAACGGGCGCUCAAAUUUCACCUUUCACACAUCCGCCUCAAGUAAACCCUCAGCACGCAAUACCACAGUCGACCGCCGUCCCCACCACUUCGCAGCCAAACCCUCCCCAACAAUCCUUACCUAAUUCUGCUGCGAUCGUGGAAAGGCUCAAGCAACUGCUCAAACAACUGGAACUCGAUAUCAAAAACAUAGACAUGCGAAUCGGUGCUGCUCAACAACAGGGUCAGGCGACCGCCGUAGCUGAGCUUCAGAGGGAACGUGCGGAAAAACUCCACCAAGGGAUGUCCAUCGGACAACAUCUUAGAAACCAAGUACAAGCCAUGCAGGCAACCUUCUCUCGACAGGCAGUGACUCCUCUUGCGGCGAAUGCAGAUGCAACGAGGUCUGGACAAUCCGCUACCCAAGGUGAUUUGGGCGCUUCACCUUCUACUCUGACCACACUCGGCAUACCUGGUUCACAGGGCGAGAGAUCCGCCAGUGGAGGAGUUGAAGAACAGAAGCUUCAGAUGUCUCCGGCGCAGGCUCUGGCCCAAUUCUGGCAAUCUCGGGGAGGCUCUGUAAAUGGGGCAAACAUUCAUUCGGUUGGUCCUAAUCAACCACAAGCGAUGACUCCAGAGCUCGCUGCGCAGAUGAAAAAAUUGAUCGAUAAGACGGGAAUUAGGCCAACGUCCUUUGGUCUUGUCCCUCAGUCUGCGUCGUCGUCGACAUCCCAGGAAGCUAAUAUGAAUUCGAGCGCGACAAAUAGCCAACCGAACAUCCUACCUGUCUGGGAAGGGACAUUUAGCUGGAUGGUCCCUCAGGGGAACGGUCAAGGACCUAUAGACGUGCAAGCGCAUGUCCGGGGCUUUGCCGACCCGCGAUCGUCUGCGAAUCUUCUUGCACAUACAUGGCCGAAAAAUAUGGCCCUAACCUUCUGCAAGGAACCGCUCAAAGAUCCCGCAGAGAUUGUGAAUUGGAUAAAAUGCCAUCAGCCACUGCUGAUGGUGCAUCUCUUAAGCCCUCGCGCAAAUGACCCUGCGUCGAACGAUGCUCAAAGUUUUCAGUCACUCACCAAGUUGAUGAAUGAACGUCACAUUUACGCGUAUGCUGGGUGGAAGUUGCCGAAUGGAAAUCUUUCUAACAAUAUUGUGAUCUUUCCGUCGGGCAAGUCUUUCAAGGGUGCAGUUUUCCCUGAAACUGGUUUACCUGACCUUCCGGGAAGUGGCAACGCUUUGGAGCCCAUAAAACCUGGGGGGGGAUCGCAUACUCCUCGAGAUUUAAGCCACCUGCCUCCAGCCCUCCUCACGCAACUCCGAGCCUUGGAUCCUGCCAAGCGAGAACAGUUUCUCAAACAAUAUGCGAUGCGGGUACAAAUGCAAAUGCAACAGCAACAGCAACAGCAGUUACAAUCACAGUCGACGCAAGUGCUUUCUGCGCAGGAUUCCACACUUGCGAAGGCGAACACCAAUGUGAUGGCUCCCGCUUCCGGGAAUAUGUCCAUGGCUCUUCCUCUCACUGCGCCUAACGUUUCAAGACCCACGGGCGGCAUAAUGUAUGGGAAUGGCGGCGGAACGGUCAACAUGGAGAUGCUGCAGUCAUUUAUGCAGCGGAAUGCAGCAGCAUCACAAAAUACUAAUCCUGGGUGAUUGCUCCAGGAUUGGACUAUGGCCAAUUCUUACAGCCAGGACAUCCGCGAACGCGACCAAAGUAUGAAUGACCUUUACAUAUUUGCCCGCAGUGGAGUCCCACGUAUUGAUACCUUGUACAUAUGUGCAUAGGAGGAAGGCUAUGAUUGGGUAGUACUAAAGUUGCCCUCGGUUCCUUGAAUCUUUUCGUGAUCUGCCAGGUUCGCCUGUGCCUCGUAGACAGUGAUCACAGGGUUUUCUUUACGCUGGAAGCGAAUCUCAGGUUGUAUCAGCCUCAUAACCGAGUUGUACAUACUUGGCUCCAAUGCCCGAGGAAAC